GAAAUCAAAAGAAAAGAAAACCCUAAUUCUAUAAAAGAUCGAUUUAGUGAAGAAUCGGAAUCAGAAAUCACUGAGAGGACAAAACCCAGAAAAAGAAUAAUAUGUCGGGGCCGCAAGAGGAAGAUAAGAAGCCUGGCGAUCAAUCCGCCGCCCAUAUCAACCUCAAAGUCAAAGGCCAGGAUGGAAAUGAAGUUUUCUUUAGGAUCAAAAGAAGCACUCAACUGAAGAAGCUCAUGAAUGCAUAUUGUGAUCGACAAUCUGUGGAUUUCAACUCAAUUGCCUUCUUGUUCGAUGGCCGCCGCCUGCGAGGCGAGCAAACUCCUGAUGAGCUGGAAAUGGAGGAUGGUGAUGAGAUUGAUGCUAUGCUUCACCAAACUGGUGGCAGAAGCGCUUGAUGUUGUCAUUUGUGUGAAGGCAAGUUUUAGCUUACUGUUUUUAGCAGUUGAAAGUAGACUUAUUGUCUGAUUGUGUAGAUGUUAUUAUAUACAGACUUAUUGCUAUGGAAUCUUUAUUUACCUAUUUGGUUCUGAAA